AUGUCUUCGUCCACAGGGAACGCGCCAGCGCAGCAGGUGCCAGCAUGGAAGAGACUGGGCCUCAAGCUCAAGCAGCCAUCUGCUGCAUCCGAGCCCGCAAGCACCCAAAGCUUUGGGCACCCAAGCACAAGCACCACCCAUUCGGCCACAAAGAGAAAACUCGACGCCCCGCAGCCUUCCAAUUCCUCCCAGGUUGCUAAGCGACCACGCCAGCAUGAGACCACGGCAGACCGGAAUGGACAAUUAAAGAGGCAGAAGUCGGUCACCUUUGCCGACACACCUUCCAGGAGCACAAACGCCGGCGUCGCCUCCAAGUUCAACACCCCGACAAAGACCCCCAAGCAGAGCAAGGCCAAGAGCAAAGGCCCCGCCAAGAAGGAAAAGCCCCAGGCUCCCACGGACCUCAAGCCUGCCUUGGAGCACCUGAGACUCUGGAAGACGGCUCGCGAUAGCUGGAAGUUCAACAAGAUCCAUCAGAGCAACCUCGUCAAGCACGUUUUCGAUGCCGACAAAAUCCCCGCCGCCGACAUCGACGCCUUCUACGACUACAUCCAAGACUUGAAGGGCUUCGUAAGGAUGCGCCUGCGAGAUACUGCUCGGGAGAUUAGGGACCAGGACCAGUCCGAGGGGGCAAAGGCCUUCCCCGAGGGAACCAAGGAUCUCGAGGCCACUCAGCAACGAUAUGAGACGGUACUUGCCAAGUAUUUGGAGAACCAACCCGUAGGGACCAAGAGGAAGGGCUUCACAGAGGUUGACUACCUCUCUGAUUCAGACGAUGAUGCCAUUAUUAUCCAGCGGCUUGUCAAGCGCAUGAGAGCUGAGCUGAUCCUCGAGGAGCUGUCCGACAGCGAUGACACCGAGACCAGCACGACAUCCUCUCAAACCAUCACCGCCAGCGACAACAACGCCACGACGACUACAGAUGCUGAUAAGCGUGUCAAGCUCAAUGACGGCACUGGAAAGCGGAAGCGGAAGUUGCGUGUCAACAUGGACGACAGCGACACCAGCAGCUCUGAGUCGGAAUCUGACUCUGACUCUGAUUCAGACGGCGACUCUGAUACGAGCAGCAGCGGAAGCUCGUCGUCCGAGUCCGAGUCGGAGAAUGAAGGUCCUGCUCGGCCUUACCGACGUCCAGGUGAAGAGGACUCGAGCGACUCUUCAUCGUCUUCAGACGACACCAGUUCGGAGGAGGAGGACUCGAGCGAGGACGAGUCAGAUGAUGAGUGA